GUUAAAAUAUGUCCAGUAGUCCAUCGCUAGUGAAACCCCAGAGCAAUAUCUGUCUGCUGUGGUUGGUUAUUUGCAAGACGGCUCGGUUUCAGCUGGCCAAUAAGCUCACCAGCGUGAUUAUCAUUGUGGGUCCAUUGCUUGUUUUUCUCAUCUAUGCUGCUUCGGCACUUUUUCAUGAGCCGCAGGCUGAAUUCGCAAAAAAGUACGGCCCCGUCAAUAUUACAGCCGAAAUGCCGUACAUUUUCUACUCACCAAAGAAUCCGGUGGUGACGAGUAUCAUCGAAGAUUUGUUCACCGAUCUGAAGGUUAAAGGUACUACGGCUUUCAAAAACGCCCUUGAACUGGAUCGUGCACUCAAAAAUGUUGAUGAAUACGGCUAUGUGGGCAUACAGUUUGACGACAGCUAUAGCGACAUUAUCGUCCUUCCAGACAAUGUCUCUGUGGCGUUGCGAUUUCCAUUUCACUUGCGCAGCAAUCCCAAGCUGUUUUGGGAUAGUAGGAUGAUAUACAAGAACUUAAAGCUGGACACCGAUUUCUAUAAGGUCGAGGGUUUCCUAGCUGUGCAGGCCAAGCUGAGCGAAGCGUUAAUCAGAUCCAAAAAUGAUGGAGCGAUCUUACCAGGAGUAGUUUUGCAGCAAUAUCCCGAACCUAAGUACUUGGAAGACACGUUUACGGAUAACAGGGUAUCACUGAGCGGUGUGUUCUUCCUGCCCUUCACCAUAUCCGCUGCAUAUCUUGCCCAAAUGAUUGUGACGGAAAGACGGGAGCAUAUAAGGGACAUGCUUCAGCUCUUGGGCGCUAGGCCAUGGAUAUACUGGCUGUCCUGGUUUCUGGUAGGCUUCCUCCUCCUGUCAAUUCCAACUAUAUUUAUGGUUAUCCUGCUGAAAUGGCGUUACUAUCCGCUGAGCGAUUUUUUUCUGGUCUUGUUCUUUCUUCUGCUAUACAAAUUGGAGGUCUUGUGCUCGGCUUUUAUGAUAUCAACAUUUUUCUCGGAUACUAUCGGGGUGCAGGUGGCCAUUCUAAUAAUCCACCUGCUUGGCUGCCUACCGUAUAUACUUCUGCUUAUGACCUAUAAAUCCUCUUUAGUAAGGGCCGUGUUCGCCUGUUUAUUCAUAAAUAGCUCGUUGGCUAUGGGUCUGCGAGCGUUCAUGAUAAGCGAGAACCUCCAGAUGGGACAACAUUGGAGCAAUCUCUUUGAGGGGACCGAUUAUGAUGAUUUCAAAGCCUUGGGCCCCAUUCUGAUUCUCAUGUUGCUUGGCAUCCUAUGGCGCCUGCUUAUCCUUGCUUACGUGGAUCACCUAAAGAUUUAUCGGCACAAAAAGUGGUAUUUUCUGUUUCAACCCUCCUUUUGGUUCCCUCGAAAGGGACGGCAGCGAUCUGACUUUCCGGAUAUUGAGAGGCAGGAGAACGAGGUUAAGGGCAAUCCAUUGAUUAUCCAAGUCAGAAACCUAGACAAAGUCUACAACGAACGCUCUGCGAUCAGUGAUAUUAGUCUGAAUUUUUAUGAGAACGAAAUCACAGUGAUCCUCGGGCACAAUGAUUCGGGAAAAACCACGUUCUUUAAGCUCCUCGCCGGUUUCGUGAGACCCAGCUCGGGAGAGAUUAUUAUCAACGGAUAUGACCUGGCUACAAAGCAGAGGAAGGCGACUCAGGGGAUGUGCAUUUGCCCGCAGAGAAAUGCACUGUUUGAGAAGGUCAAGGCCAGAUGGCACUUGAAGUUCUAUUGCCGGAUGAAGGGAAUGAACCGAAAGGAGGCUUCUGCCGAGGCGGACAAGUAUCUGGAGAUCGCCCAAUUGCAGGAAUAUGCCGAUAUCAAAGUGAAAGACCUGCCCAACGGCCUAAAGCGAAUGCUUAUGCUGUGUUGCAACCUCUGUGGCAAUUCGAAGAUUCUCCUCUUGGACGAGCCUGGCACCAGUCUGGAUCCUCAACUGCGGAGUGAUAUGUGGGACCUACUGCGCCGGGAACGGAAUGGACGAUGCAUAAUCAUGUCCACCCACAACAUGUACGAGGCCGAGGUGGUGUCGGAUCAGAUUGUGGUCCUCUGUGAUGGCGAGGUGAUUGGAUACGGAACCACGGGCUUCCUCACUCAGGUGGCCGACACUGGCUCGACGUAUCUGCUGAUCUGCACCAAGCUUGAUGGCUGCUUAGUGAGUGAGGUGACGGACUUUCUGCAAAAUCGCCUUCCGGGCAUAAGAUUGCAGACCGAAUACGCUAUUUACGUAAUUUACGAACUGCCCACCAAAUAUGUAAAUCAGUUUCCGAACUUGUUUUUGGAUCUGGAGGCUUCUCUGAGAGAUCUGAUGAUCCAGGAGUUCAGUGUGUAUGCGCCCACGCUGGGCAGUGUGUUCCUGCGCAUAGGACAGGAGAUGAGAGAGAUCCGUAGGCGGAGUGAAUCAAAUACCUUGCUAGCACCCCCGUUGCCCAUGGCAUCUCUGCUUGAUUUACUGCCCUCCUUUGAAGUCCGCGAAGAUGAUGGUCGCGUAAAGUGCUGCAAUCAAUGGCGGGGAAUUAUGGAGAAGAAGCGCAUCUUCGCGUGGCGUUACCGAAAGUUCUACUGCUCCCUGCUCAUAAUGCCGAUCAUCAUUUCUAUGUUGGUAUUCUCCUUUGCGGCCAUUAUGUUUACCGUCCACCGUCAUCCGAAAGAAUUGGUGGUCACGGAUCUGAGCGUAUAUUCCUCGCCGGUGUUUGUAAUUGAAUCCACCGAUGAGGAAGAUAGGUAUUUCCAACGCUACAGACAGAAUGUCCUACGUCAAGGGGCGUCCGUUCUCAGUAUAAAAGGAACUCCUCUCGACGAUUAUCUCCUGAAGAAGAUGGAGUUGGAUCAGAGGAUGGUUCAUGAGACGUAUUUGGCCGGUGUCACUUUCAAAAGCGACGACAGUUUGAUCAUCGCCUGGUCGAAUAACAAUCUCGAGCGCGGAUCGCCGCUUUCUCUGGGCAUGGUGUAUGCGACCAUUGGACAGGAGUUGGCCCAAAUGGAUAUUCGGAUUGUGAAUCAUCCGUGGCAGGAUAAAAUCAACAUGGCACAACCAGUUCUCAACCAGAUCAGUGUCGUAGAGUUCGAUAUACUCGUGUUCCAUUACCUUAUCUUGGCGACCGCCACUUUUGCCGUAAUGCCGAUCUUCGAGCGCCAAACCAACGCGCAGUACCAGCAAUUUGCCAGCGGCAUGAGCCGGGUCACCUACUGGCUGUCACACCUGUCCUGGGACUAUUGCAUCUUCAUCUGCAUGGUUGUGUCGCUGAUCGUGGUUUCCGGAAUCAUUACGGAAUCGGUAAUGUCUAUAUCACUCCUACUGUUCGCUUUCGGGUUCUCGGUCAUUUCGUUCACCUACCUGGUGUGUCUGAUAUCAAAUGAUUUUGGCAAGAUAUUAAGCGUAAUUUUGUACAUAAAUAUGAUAGGCGCCCUGGCAUUGUUCAUCCAUCCCAAGGCCGAGGAAACCCGCUAUGCUAUAAUUGAGACAGUCCUCUUGAUUCAUCCGCAUUAUUCGUUUUUUUGUGGCAUGCAUGAUAUCUUAGCUAAUGAUAAACAACUGGAGUAUCUGACUAUGAGCGGAGCGGUAUACCUCAGCCUGGUCCUUUUGACGUGGGUUCCGCGUCGCAUAAACUAUGUCUUCAAAUCCAUAAAGAACGACAAAAUAGAGCCAAACCAUAUAAAUGAGGAUAUAGAAGUAAAAGAAAUCCGGCAGGGGCUGUCCUACUUGUCCUCCAAAGAUUAUUAUAGUUUCCCUCUCAUCAUGAAGAACGUGUCGAAACGCCACGGCAGUUUGUUGGCAGUACGAGCUUUAACAUUGGCCAUACACCCCUUUGAGUGCGUUGGUCUGUUGGGCAGAAAUGGAGCAGGAAAGUCGACCGCAUUCCAGAUGAUCGUGGGCAUGCAGUCGAUAACGGUAGGAAGCAUUUACAUCAAGGGCUAUUCCAUGAAGAUGCGUUCAAAGGACGCACUACAGCACGUGGGCUUCUGUAUGCGGGAAGAUAUGCUCUUGCUGCACAUGACUGGCAGGGAGACGCUACGCUUCAGCUGUUUAAUUAACGGUAUCCGGCGAAUUUACGUGAAAAAAUUGGUAAGGUCACUGGCCGAGUGCUUUGGACUCGUCCACCACAUGGAUAAGCGUAUCAGCACCUACAGCAAUGGCACCAAGCGAAAGCUAAUGAUUGCCAUUGCCACUCUGGCGCCAACACUAAUUUGCCUUGAUGAGCCUACUGCUGGCGUGGACAUGCAUUCAAAAUACGACAUUUGGAAGAUUCUGGAGGAUAUCCGGCAGGCCGGUCGUGCCAUUCUUAUAACCACGCACAGCUUGGAGGAGUGCGAGUCCCUAUGCACAAAUGUGGGUAUCAUGGAACAAGGUUCAUUGCUCUGCUAUGGAUCUUUGGCGCGGCUCAAGUAUCGCUUCAACAUGGGCAUUUUUGUCAAAGUAAAGAUGGGCACCGAAGCGGAAAUGAACGAUGCAAUGGAAGAUCGACAGCGGAUCACCAUGAUGGACAUAAGCGAUAGUGAAAUGGAGAGUAUUAGUGGUUCUAGUCGGAGGCCAUUUAGGCAUUAUGUGAGACAUAGGAAUACAGUGGAUUUAUUUAGAAAGUCGGAUGGAGAUGGCACAAAAUUUAAUUCAGAUAUUCGAAAAGAAUACGAUAUUUUGUUACAAGGACUUGAGGAUAUUUUCAUGAGGGAUCAUCCCUAUUGCACUGUCAGCAAUAAGUUCUCGUAUCGAGGAAUGAUUACCUUCUGCAUACCAAACGGAAUGGUCAAGUGGUCCGCAAUCUUUAACUACAUGGAAAACUUGAAACUUGAAAUGAACAUAUUGUACUACUCCGUCAGCUAUACAACUUUCCAUGAUGUGUUCAUGGAAUUUGUCAGGAAGCUUAAUCAAUAGUAAAACCCUUUAUGAAUCAUUCGGUGUAUCAACCUGGCGAGUGGCGGAACCCCUUAUCGAAUCAGUGGUAACUUUGAAUAGCUACAUAUCUGUGAAAGCUUCAGCAAACAAAAAUGCUAACAAAUCGCUUAAUUCAUCAGUUGGCGUUGUGAAAUUAGAGUAGAUAAAUCAAGCGAUUUCGCCGAGUCAUCAACCGGCAUUUUUGGCAAAUUUAUACUCUGAUGUGUUAAAUUUGAUGUAUGUAUGUAUGUAUUUUUUAACUUUACCUACAAACAAAUAUGUUAAAAGCUCUUUUCUGUGAAUACAUUACUAAAAAUAAACCAUAUUAUUAUAAAACUAAGAGUAAACAAAAGUCGGUUGAAGUCUUACGAUUAUUUGCGUUGCUUUGGUUUC